CGCUCAUGAACAAGUCCGGGCAUAUUCGGUGCAGCCUGUCGAGUUUCCACGUGUUCGUGUCGGUUAGACUAUUUUGGCAUGAGGGACGGGAAGAUGUCAGGUGUGAGUGACACGGCUGUUGAACCAAGGAGUGCAGUCCAGAUCCACAGGGAUUCGCCUCUUCGCAGGUUUUCAGGCCUUCGCGCUCCUCAAGGCUCCAGGGAGACCCAGAACAGCCACACCAAGAAGAAACGCACAAGUAAAUGGCUGCGAAUACAAGCGCGAAGAAUGUCGCUUGAAAAGAAGGGGAUCUUGAAAAAAAAGAAAAGGAAAAGCAGCGAUCUCGGUGAACGGGGAAGCACGGGCACCGUCGCACUGUCCCCGAAUGCUGAAGCCUGGGAGGGUUUGCUCUCAUCUGAUCAGUGUCCUGAUUCUGCAGGACUGCAGUCUGUGGAUGAUGCCAGAGAGUGCUUGGCAGUAUCCGCGGGGAAGAGGGGAAUGGCUUCCCCUGGGGGACACUGGGACUGUGACAGUGGGGUCUCUUUUGAUGUCAGCCCCUCUGUCAGUGGGCAUAGUUCGCCCUGUCCUGGUAUCAAUCCAGCCAAGUUGAUUGCUAUGGACUGCGAGAUGGUGGGCACUGGCUUGGGGGGGCGCUGCAGUGAAGUGGCCCGCUGCAGCCUAGUAAACUAUUAUGGGGAGGUGGUGUAUGAUAAGUACAUCAAACCCCAGCAGCCGGUGGUAGAUUACCGGACACGUUGGAGUGGCAUCUCUAAGUGUCAUCUGGUGAAUGCUGUGUCCUUUAAGAAAGCAAGACGUGAGAUCCUUCAGAUCCUGAAAGGGAAGGUAGUGGUUGGCCAUGCACUGCACAAUGAUUUCCAGGCCCUGGGUUUUAUUCCUCCUAAACACCUGAUCAGGGAUACCAGCAGCACGCAUCUGCUCAGACAGCUCUCCGGCUUCUCGGGAAGGGGCUGUAUAUCGCUGAAAAGGUUGGCCAAGGUGCUCCUCCAAAGGGACAUACAGGUUGGUCAGAAGGGACACAGUUCUGUGGAGGAUGCUGUAGCUGCCUUGGAUCUGUACAAGCAAGUAGAGGGACCAUGGGAGGAGGAGAUGAUGAUGAGAACACAAUCUCCAAUGGAGAACAGCCCUUUCAUGGAACCUGUCUUCUCCCCCUCUCACUACAUGCAGGACCAGUACUGGCCUGAGGAAAUAACGAAACCGUGCGAGUAGCAUGCUGAUGGUACUUGAAACGUCUGUUUUUUUUUCUGUAAGGGCCAAAUUUGAGGACUUAGCUGUUUCUUAGAACCAGUCUAGACAUGG